AGACGGCACUUCCCUUGCUCAUCUUACGGAUUUGGAUAUUUUUUUGUAGUCGUGCACGGCAGAAGAACGGUAAGUUGAGGUGCCGGAAAUGAGCAGCCUCGCCGUUGGCUGCGCCCUCUCUUGAUCGAAAGCGGCAUCGGCACUUGACAAACUCAAUCCACACGCCGUAGAAGCGGCGAAUUGGCUGAAUUCAGCCCUGGUUUUGAAUCCCGCUGGCUAGAGUCUUGGAUGGUUAAGGGUCAAUGUUGGCGCCGAUCAAUAUAAAGAACGAAGGCGAAGUCUCCUUUACAUUGUUGUCCAGUCUUUCGAAGUCACUCGUUCAAUCAAAGUCAUCUCAAACCUCCAUACUUUAGACUCGUCAAUCAACACAUCAUCUUCAACAUGAAGUCAUUCACUCUCAUCACCGCCGUUGCGCUCGCCGCUGGCGUCUCCGCCCAAUACUCAGCCAGCUCCGUCUCUAUGGAAUCCCCAGGCAGCAUGUCCGCCAUGCCCGCCGUCUCGUCCGCACCCGCUGCCUCAGUGACGACUACCAUCACCGCCAAGGCAGGCUGCCCAACCGGUCCUGCAGCCGACGUCAUGGUGACACGCUCCAACGCGCCCGUUCCCUCAUGCGAGGCAGGCAACAACGCCACCAAGCCAUCCAUCGUCUCGAUGCCUGGCUACGGAAUGGGAAGCGGGAUGGGAGGUGCAUCUGGAGGUGCAUCUGGAAGCGGUAAUGCUACGAGCACACGCACCGGUGCGCCGGCAGAGUUCACUGGUGCUGCGGGCAAGACCGCUAUCUCUGGCGCCCUGGCGGCGGUUGCUGGGUUUGCCGUUUACAUGUUGUAAGACUGAGGAAGCACCUGGUAUGAGGCACACAAUGGAGCGGGAGAUUAAGUUGUAUAUACCCUUCUUAGGCGCUGGUUGAGUGGUAUGUGUGUAUUGAGUACAUUGUCGUUUGCCGAAGCAAAGGAGAAGUAAUAAUA